UACACAACGGAUGUGUUAGCUGCCUUCUCAGGAUUUCGACUCGACGAGUCAUCCGGGUCACAUUCGAGUCAACUGGGAUCGGAGGAGAGCCAGCAGUACUUCGCCAAGUACCUGACGUCGCAGAAGCUGCUGCAGCUGCAACUCAGCGACGCCAUGUUCCGGCGAUACGUGCUCGUCCAGUUCCUGAUCCUCUUCCAGUACCUCACCUCCCAGGUCAAGUUCAAAAGCGAGACGCAGUCGCUGUCGGAGGCGCAGCAGGCCUGGGUGCGCGACACGCAGCAGGCUGUCUACCGGCUGAUGGCCGAGACGCCGCCUCAGGGCCAGCUGUUCGCCGACACCAUCAGGAGCAUACUGAAGCGUGAGGAGAACUGGAACGCCUGGAAGAACGACGGCUGUCCGGCGUUCAAGCCGCCGGCGGCGGAGGAGACUCCGCCGGAGCCGGCGGCUGGCCGGCCGGCGCCGCGCCGCCGCCCCAAGCGCAAGGUCGGAGACGUGCUCCGCCACGCCGAGGCCAAGAAAAAGUUUCUCAUGGGACACCCCGAGCUCACCCGGCUGUGGAACGUGUGCCCCGACAACAUGGAGGCCUGCAAGACGUCCAAGCGCGACUUCCUGCCGCCGCUCGACACGUUCUUCGACGAGGCCAUCACCCAGAUGGACCCGGCCACCAUGGUAGAGGACCAGUACAAAGUCAUCAACAACGGCGACUACGGGUGGCGCGCGCUCCGGCUGCUGGCGCGCCGCUCGCCGCACUUCUUCGCCGCCGCGCAGAAGAUCCCUAACUCGCUGCCCGACUACCUGGACACCAUCCUGAAGAAGGUGGCCAACGACAUACCGAAGUUUAGCGGCGGUAACGGUGCCGGCGACGCCUCGCUGACGGCCGCCGAUGAGACGGUGGCGGACGGCGCGGCCGAGGCCGAGGAGCUGCGCGCUGAGGAGGCGCCCGAGGAGGCGGCGCCAGCGCGGCGCGUGCACCGGCUCACCGAGCCGCUGGCCGGCCAGCUGGCGGCGCGGCUCGGGGCCGACUGGAAGCGGCUUGCUUCACGGCUCGGAUUCCAGUCGGAUGAGGUGGACUACUUCGUAAGCGAGCAGCCGACGGCGGAGGCGCAGGCGGCCAUGAUGUUCCGCCAGUGGAUGGACAACGAGCGCGAAGAGGCCACCCAGGAGGAGCUGCUGUACGCCCUUGAGGCCGUCAAGCUGGACACCGCCGUUCGGGAGCUGUUCGACCCAGAGGUGCGCGGAGAGACGGACGCCCCGGCCGAUAGCUAGCCAGCCUCUCAGGGUCGGCGUCGGCCGCCGACAGAGGGCCGCGUCGGGGGCUCGGCCGCCGACAGGUGGCAGCGCCGGCACCUCGGGCCAGGGUAGGCUGUCCGCACGGGCCACUGAGCAGCCGGUGCAUGCCCUGCUGAGCUGGCCGGCAGCGUCAGCGACGCCAUCGCCCUUCGGACUGCGCCAGAAACGGUGUGAACCACUCCGUCUAGUGGCGGCCGGGGCAUCGGACGCCGCGCCGGAGCUGACCUGGUCUGGCCCGAGGACACCAGCGACGGCGCGCGGUCGGCUGCUGCCCGUCGUACUGUUCUCGGCGCUGGGAGCCGCGGUCUCACCCGACCAGCCAUCGGAGAGGAGUCGGUGCUCGUGCUGUGCCUGUUCUGAACUCUGGGAUCCGCCCGUACGCGGCGAGCGCGCCCCUGUACUGUUCACCUGUAUGUGGUACAACCUAACUGACAGUGACGUACAAUACAGCCGCUGGUCGUGGCCUUCC